AUCGUUUGCAGCCACGCAUCCUGAGCCUGCGUCCUGAAGAAUCGCCAGAACGACACGUCUGAAUCUCUUGAAUCGUUAGUGGCGUAACGGGACACCAAACGCGAGCACAAACCAUGUGCCCUUUCCGACUAUGUGUGACCUAAAAGAUUGGCAAGAGAAUUGGGACAGCCCGAUGGUAUGCGAAUCUAGCACGAACUUCACAUCGAUGAGCAGUUGACGACCAUCCAAAGGAAAAUGUCCCUAGAUGACGAGAGACAAUUUUUAUGUCCCCGCCUCAUUGACUACCUGACCAUAGUAGGGGCUCGGAACACACCCAUCACCAUUAAACAGAAUGCCAGUCCUCACAUACAACCGCCGGAACUACUGAGACGGUAUCCCCUGCAGGACCACAAAGAUUUCCCGAUGCCCAUCGACAUGGUAUACUUCUGCCAACCCGAAGGGUGUUCUUCGGUAGGGCCGAAACGCACCGCGCUUCGGGAAGCCUCCUCGUUCGUCUUUACCCUGACCGACAAAGAUUCGGGCAAGACCCGCUACGGCAUCUGCGUCAACUUCUACAGGGCGAUCGAGAAAACUUCCGCGACCAUCGGCGCGAACAAGAAUAAAAUAAGCCCGGGCAUGCGCAGGGAUUCGUGGCGGAAAAGCGUGGAGAAGAGUUCCGACUCGGCGUUUUCCAGCGAUUAUAGGAGUAGCAACGUGGGGCCUAGCGAUUCGGAAAAAGACUAUCCUCCGAGCAGAAGAGACUCCGAAUGUGUUGGCCACCAUCAGUUGCCAACGUCGAGGUUAGCAGUAGGCGGAAAUGACUCAGAAAGCGGCGGAAGCCAUUCGCCGUCUCCAAGAGCUAGCAGACGAAGACAGAGAAUACGGAACCAUUCGCUAACGUCCUUGUGCAUCCUGUCGCACCAUCCGUUCUUCACAAUGUUCCGUGAAUGUUUGUUCAUUCUGAAGAAACUCAUAGACGCGUGCAACGAGUCUUCGAAUCCGAAAAGGGUCGGAGGCUCAAAACAAACAUCGAGGUGGAGGGACAACGUCUGGGGAGUUUUAACCGGUCAGCCGGGAGAGGGCGCUUCUUCAAUAGUGCUUCACGACGUCAAGGAGAUUGAAACCUGGAUACUGAAGCUGUUAUCUGCCCCGGUGCCCAUCCCAGGAAAAACCAAGAUCGAAGUGGAAGUGCUGUCGCCUAGCGUAUACGAGCCUUUAGUUUUUGCCUUACCGAAUCACACCAGAUUUAGCCUAGUCGAUUUUCCUUUACACCUUCCGUUGGAACUGUUAGGUGUCGAAACUUGCCUGAAGGUGCUUACGAUAAUACUGUUAGAAAAUAAGGUCGUGUUUCAGUCUCGGGACUACAACGCUCUCUCAAUGUCUGUGAUGGCUUUUGUGACCAUGAUAUAUCCCCUCGAGUAUAUGUUCCCGGUCAUUCCACUGUUGCCCACGUGUAUGAGCUGUGCAGAGCAACUUCUUCUGGCGCCGACACCCUUUGUUAUAGGAUUGCCAGUCAGCUUCCUCAUGUACAAAAAGAACUUUAGAUUGCCCGACGAUGUGUGUUUAGUGGACUUAGACUCAAAUAAAUUACAUUCGCCGAUCGAUAUCCCCCCUCUGCCCGAGCCCGAAGGCACGAUUCUGAAAAACCACUUGAAGCAGGCAAUGCAACUUAUGGACCAAGUCGGCACCGGAGCCAUUUCCAACCUGACGGCUCCCAGUAACACCAACGCACAACUGCAUCCUUCCCGGAGGGAAAGCCUAUCGACGUCGUCUUCGAGUCACUUGGGGGCCAGUCCUCAGGAAGUGUCGCCCACCGCCCAACAAAAACUCUCCUUGUCGCCUCAAACCGCUGCUGCUCUGUCUCCGAGGACGUUGUCUCCCACCCUGCAAUCGGGAUUCAAUCCCUUCAUAUAUGGAAACGACGUAGACUCGGUAGACGUCGCCACCAGAGUUGCGAUGGUGAGGUUUUUCAAUUCGCAAAACUUGCUGGCCAACUUUUCCGAGCAUACGAGGACGUUGAGGCUGUACCCGCGUCCCGUGGUCGCCUUCCAGAUCAACAGUUUCCUGAGAUCCCGCCCGAGGGCGUCUCAAUUCCUCAGCAAAUUCGCGCGGACGCAGGCGGUCGAGUUCCUGGCCGAAUGGUCCCUGACCCCGACCAACGUCGCAUUCCAGAGGAUUCACACCGGCGUCCUGGACCCCAUCCUGAUCGGGGACAAACCGAAAUGGUACUUGCACACCCUGGAACCGAUCAAGUUCGUCGUAUGGGACGACGGAAGCUCGCUGAACGGAGCCCUGAGAAGCGUCCAAGGUCAAGAGUACCAACCGACAGACGAGAGUGGCUCGGAUUCGGAGGAAGGCGAGAGUACCAGCUCUAGUUACUCGUCUCUGAGCGAUUUCGUGUCCGAAAUGGUCUCCUCGGACCUUUCGCCAGGGUACUUGUCGUAUCACGAGCAGAGGAAAGCGUCCGCGCAAAGCAUGACGUUUUCGUCGAACGUGGACGUGGACAGCGUCUACAAACCGCCGUCGGAGCUGCGGUACCCAGACGGAGAAGCUCCCGUACCUAGAUCAGAAUCGCCGCACUCCUCUUCCAGCUCGGACUCGGAUCUGAGCUCGCCGUCGUUCAACCGCGAUUCGGAAAUGGAGUUUGGCAAGCAAACGAAAUGCGAGCGGGAUUUGCCAAAGGGCGACAAAGACGACACGAACGAGAACGAGUCCGAUUCGAAUUCGACGACGACGCCCAAAACGGUGGUUAACACUAAUCAGAGAUCGAGUACCGACGACGCAGACAGAAGCGUCGCGAGCAGGAGACAAAGGAAGGUUCCUCCGAUCACUCCCGCCCCAUUACAAAAGCAGCCCAGCGUGGGGAACGUCUUCGCCAAAGCUUCGAGUCUGGGUUCUUCCGGAACCUCGAGUCCCGGACAGUUACACUCUGCUGGAAGCGGCGUGCCUAGGCAGGGUUCUCAGGGUUCUCUCUUUGAACAGUUCGCGUCUCAAGCGAAGGAACUGGUAAGGGAGACGACGCGUCAGAGUAGCCAGGACGGACUUUUGGCCCAAAUGGACAAGCUGAAAUUCCAGGCGAAAGAGAAACUGUCUGAAGCGGAGGAAAGUCACAUAUUCGCUCCGUUUGAUAAGUUCACCACCCAAGCAAAAAAGGCAGCCGAGGAGGCCUCCAAGAGCGUCCAGGAGGCGGGCAAAACCGCUACCGCGAUGAGCAAGACCACGUUAGACGACCUGACGUACGUGGGCAAGUCCACCCUGGGCGAUUUGACCAAAAGCGCCAAGGAGGCGGCCACCAAAAAGGGUCUGCUAAGGACGGACUCCUUCAGCAGAUCGGACUCGAGACGGGGUUCCAGCAGCAGCAGCAGCACCUCGCUGGUCAGCACUUCGAACGUGCUGGCCGGUGCAAGUCGCGAUUUCUUCACGAACAUCAGUUCGGACCUCAACGGACUGGCCACGAGUACGUCGAGCAUGUUUUCCGACUUGUUCGGUAGCAAAAGGGAACUGAAACCGGAACAGAGCCCGAGCCAAGUGCCCAGACCAAAGGAAUCCAAGACCAGCAUGUUCGGGCCGUUUCAACGCGGACCCAAAGGUAUCGUCGAGAAGAGUCCGUUGAUCAAACACGUGCCCAAAAGGCAGGACGAUCUGCAACGGAAACAAAGCGUAGACAAGUCCGCGACGAACAGUGAGAACCAGGCUUUUCUCAAAGACAUCGUCGGCAGCGUUCUCGAAGGCGAAGGCGUCGGUUGGCUCAAACUAAACCGCCUGAAGAAGCUGAUGGAGGACGAGUCGUAUCGCAACUUCGUGCUCAGCAAAAUCAACAAGACGCUAGACAGGAAAAUCGCACCAGACGAUCACAUCGACGACGUCUGUUUACCGAAACCCGUGUGGAAAGGUAUGCUGAAGGUGUUACAAGCGAUCGUGCACGGUUUAGAAGUGACUUACGGCAACUACGGCCUCGGAGGUAUGGCAUCAGCGUUUCAGUUGCAAGAAGUCGCCCAUACCCAUUACUGGUCCAAAGAUGUCGGCGACGGCGCCAUGUCUUCCGAUAUCACGCAGAGUUCCAGCCCAAAAUCGCCACAGAGCCCGAGAUACUCGCUCCAGUCCUCCGAUUGGGAAAACGACAGCAGAAAAUCUUCACAAGCAGAUCCGCCGGAAGUACGUCUGGUUCAGGGCGACGAUACGGACAGGGAACAAUCGACAGCCGAUAUUUUCAAGGACAUGUUGACUCAGAAGAAGAACAUGAUCCUCAGCAAACUCACUUCGUUCGACUCUGACGCUGAGGGCACGUUGCAUGGUUCCGGUGGUACCGUUUCACCUUCGACGGGUUCCAUCACCACGGGUCCCGCUUGCGGUCUGAAUAGAGGCGGAGCACAGGCAUCGUUCAGAUCGACCGUGUCCGAUACCGAGGUCGAAACGUUGCAGUUCCCCAAGUUGCCAAAGCAGAGGACGGCAAGCGUGUGGUCGAGCAAGUCGUCGUUGAGUACGGGGUUUCGAUAUCACGGGGGCCAUAUUGUCAACACCGCGCAAUCGCCGUCACCGGAAUCGGCCAGGACGUACCUGUUCGAAGGCCUGCUGGGCAAGGAUAGAUCGAACCUGUGGGACCAGAUGCAGUUUUGGGAGGACGCUUUCUUGGACGCGGUGUCCCAAGAGAGGGACACGAUCGGAAUGGACCAAGGACCGCGGGAAAUGAUGGAACGAUACAAGGGAUUGAGCGACACAGAGAGAAAAAGGUUGGAACACGAAGAGGACAGACUAUUGGCCACCAUGUUGUACAACCUCACGGCCAUCUUGGUCAUGCUCGGCUGCGACAAGGACGAGAUAAAACGCAAAGUAAGAAGGCUGCUGGGCAAAAGUCACAUCGGAUUGGUGUACAGUCAGGAGGUGAACCUGCUGCUCGAUCAGAUACACAACCUGAACGGCAACGAUAUAGACCUCAAACCGCUGGGUUCGCGGUUACUCCACCGUCAGAGUUUCACGGUGCACCAGGGUCUCGAUUGCACCGGCGAACUCCGUUUCAUGGAGGUGAGAGACGACGGGCUCGUGAUCAGAUCCGUCACGGGGGUCAUCAUAGAGAGAUGGUGGUUCGAAAGGCUCGUCAACAUGACCUACAGUCCCAAAAACAAAGUGCUCUGCUUGUGGAGACGCUGCGGCGGACAAACCCAAGUUCACAAGUACUACACCAAAAAGUGCAAACAGGUGUACUACUGCAUCAAGGAGGCGAUGGAGCGGAACGGUUCGGUGCAAAACGUACCCGAGUUGGGAGGGGAGUUUCCCGUGCAGGACAUGGCGACCGGCGAAGGUGGCCUGUUGCAGGUUUGCAUGGAAGGCGUCGGCCUGCUCUUCGCCUACAGCAAGUUCUUCGUGAGGCUCGGCCACAUCCGCAAAUGCUACACGCAGAAGGGUAGCGUUUUUAUCAUAGAGGAAUUUAAUCCCAAGACGAGGCAGGUAAUACAAAGGAAAUACAAAACGCCCAUGGCGGAUCAAAUCUGCUACUCGGUGUUAUGCGUGUUUUCCUACGUGGCGGCGGGCAAAGAAAAAGCGACCCAACACCAGCAGCAGCAGCAACAGCAGCAGUCCAUGCACAGAUCGCUCCACGCGAUUUCCCAUCUAAAUUUGACGUCGUGCAUGCGACCAGCGGCCACCAAACAGUCCACUGCUACGCCUCAGCGACCCCCGAACCCCCGACACUGCGGGGAGCACCCGGAACCCGGUACCACGGGUACCCGUCCGAGCGUGUCUCCACCUCGCACUCCCGUGGGAGACCCCACGACUUACCCGUCUCCCCGCACCCCCGGGGGAGGCCCACCGACUUAUCCGCCUCCGGCGCUACCUGCGGGGGUGGCGCCCCCCGCUGCGCCUCCUCACCAGAAAACUUUAACGUCGCAGAUUUCGAUGCCGGCGACGUUGAAACCGCCUCCGGUUCCCAGCAGGAGCACGCCGCCUUGCAGGCAGGGUUCAGUGAAUAGACCGCCGCCCCCGCCGCCUCCCAGGCCCAAGUGAGGAGGCGGCCGACCGUCAAGUCUUCCCCUUUGUGUUGUGGUUAGGUGUUAUGGUUCGUAACGUGACAGUUUUCGUAAUAAUCCGGUCGAAAUAGGCAAAAGUAAGUCAAACCUUGAAAAACGGGAAGUUUUAUAGCGAAAAUGGGUCUGAAGAAAGUUGUAUAUCGUACAAUUCUCUACAAGAAUCGCUCGGGCACAUUUUUUUUGCGACUCGUGAGAUUCCGCGGUUUCAAAUAUUAGAAAAAUUCAUAUUUUUCAUUAUAUGCACACAUUUCCCCACCACCUAUGAGGUAAUGUACUUGGCGCAUUUAUUUUAACGUGGUUCCCUCAGUAGGUAUACUCCAUUGAUUGAUAUUGAUAAUUUUCAAAGUGUAACAGGUUGUUUUCUUCUAAACGUUGUUACAAUAGAUAACUGCAGAAUCUCUGUUCGCUGUUAUAAGAAAAGAGAUACGUCAGUUGUCUCUUCAUUAGAAACAUAAAUAAUUUCUUGGAUACAAUAUAGGAGCAAGUCUGGACCUGGCAAUUAAGGCACAUUGGGGAACAAAAUAAUCCCACUUCUUGACAGCCACAAUUCUUGCUACAACCCCUCUAGUAGUUACGCAAAAUAGUAGGAGGGAGUAAAGUUUCUUCUUCAUUCUUCUGGGAUUAGCUCAUUGCCUAGCCACACUUGAACUUGAUAAUACACAAGAUACAAAUGCUGACAGGCAGAAGCAGAUGUUGGAGGUAGACAAGGCAACUGUACUGUUUUAUUGUUACCUGCAGAUGUUACGACUGACAGUAUAGUCCUUUAUUUUUAAAUGCUCGUUCGAUUUCUUCAGUUACGAAGGUUGGCGAUCCAUAUAGCUAAACGAACUUUGGAAACUGCGGUUCUGAAAAGAUCGUUUGACGAACAUGCAAACCGUUCUACGAACGGUGAGUCGUAAGAGAAAAAGUACCUGAACAAUUUUUGUAGCGAAUUGUAUGAUUUACAACUUUUGUCAGGCCGAUUUUCACGAUAACACUUACCGUGUUCGAGAAAAAUGGAAAAAAACCUUAAUUUCGUACAUUCGACCUUGAAUAAAAUUUGCUGCACAAGUCGAAUCGCCUACGGAACACUGCUUCGAUUUUGUUGAAACGUUCUUGUCGUUAGCUUCUGAAAUGUUACGCGAAAUCUCGAGUCUCUUUCGUUGAAGUCUACCUGUAUUUUGAAAGCGAAACUUUUUUCUUAAUCUCUGUCAGGGUGCUCGAUAUAGCUAAAAUUAUGGUUCAAAAUCUCGACAAGAUGAGUCAAAAAAAUAUUCAAAAACGAUAAUAUAUUUUGGUUAUUUUUUAUCUAUGAUUUCUGGCAGAUUAAAUCGAACUGUUUUAUAUUCUUAUUAAUUUCUAUUUUCCUGUAAUAAAAUGUGUCUAAAAAAAAUGUCAAGCGGCACCCGCAACCCUGCGUAAAAUAAUAACAUAAAAAAUUAAUCUCUUUGAUUUUUUUUUUCUCACAAAAGCAGAAGUUUUUAUGUUAAACUAUGCGCGUCAAAAGUUCGCUUUUUGGUGUCUUUUUUUUUGGUUUAGCGGUUGUCUAAAUUAAUGAAAAAUAUACAAAAGCAAUAUCAAGUGUUUAUUGUAAAUACAAAUAUAUAUAUAUAUACCAUUUAUCGAGUUGUUUUCUUGGAUUUCGUAUUGUAUUUGAAGGAUAGAACAUAAAGCCAUAUGAACUAAAAUAAAAAACGUUAAUUAAUGGUGAUCGAAAUGAAGAAUAAUUAUAAAAAAAACAUAUAUUUUUUAUGCCUCAGACGCUUUGUAACUGCUUCAAAAAUGUAGCUUUCAUUUUCAGAAGUUUUUGAUAUUUUUGGGACUUUGUAGUGUUAUCGCUAUGUGCGACAGUAGUACACGUGCCACUUAUUUGUGAGCCUUUUUAUUAGGAAGGAAUUUUACCAAAGAAACCUAUUUUUCUUUUUCCAGGAAAAUUUAUCAUCGCAAAAUCGCCAAUUUGUUAUUGGUAAACGUAUUACGCUGAGAACAAAUUUUGGUUAAAGUUUUUUUUUACGUGUUGGUUCGUGACCAAGAGAAAAAAUUCCUCAACGGCGAUCCGUAAUGGUCGAAUGGCCGUGGCAAUCUUGUCCAACUGUUUGUGAAAUGCAAAAAACUAGAUUCCGUGCAAUGGCUCGGUUGAUAAGGCGUUGACCAACCAACUCGAACUUGCUGGAGGUUAUGCGUUCGAUUCUCACCGGGAGCCUUGGGUGUUGGGUGCGUGAAAAAUUGUUAUCGAUCAAUUUUCCUCUGCGGAUGCCGGAAAAUGGGUGCACAUCCGAAUUUGAGAUGAGCCCAAUUAAAAGUAAAGAAAAAAGAUUCCGUGCAUCCUCAUUGCUUACUAGUUUUGAAUCGAUAUUGUCGCCAAAGGCAUUCUGUUCUUCAAUUUUCACCGAUAUAUUUGUGUUUGUCGCUUUAAAUCCAUCGAAUUCAUUCGGAUAUAUAAGGAGGUGUCGUUGGCGUGGUAAGAACGUUUUGAAAAAGGACGAAAACAAACAAAACUUGCCAAACCCAUAGUCUAACCUAAGAA